CCAAAUUCAAUUGCCAUUCACAAAACCUAACAGCAUCCCUUGAGGUUCAAGAUGGAGAGGAUUCAAAAAGGAAAAAUGGACAGGAUUAGUGCCCUACCGGACUCCCUCAUCGGCCACAUUCUGUCCUUCCUCCCCACCAAAACCGCCGUUUCCACCAGCCUCCUCUCUCGCAGGUGGCGCUACCUCUGGCAGCAUCUCCAAGACUUCAACUUCCAACUCGACCAAGAGGACGAGGACGAGGACGUGGACGAGGACGAGGACGAGCAAUACGACUUGUCCUUCAUGCACUUUUCUGCUUUCGUAAACGGAGUUCUUGCGCAGCGUAGGAAUCGAGACAUCCGCAAGUUCCGUCUCUCAAGCAGCUACACAGGUGAAGCCACGUUCCAUGAACGUUCUUUCAAUUACUGGUCACUUGCUGCCAUUGGACCUCAACUCCAGGACCUUAAUCUUUCUUUGUAUGAACCGUAUUCAAAGGACCACUUCCUGUGGUUUCCUUCUUCCAGCGUCCUACGUGGCAUCUUCAGUUGUACUUCUCUCAUUUCACUCACUUUGGAUGGUUUGAUAUGCGUCAAUAAGAUAUCGUCUGUUCAUUUGCCAGCCCUCAGGACUAUGAGACUCUCCAUCUAUAGAGUGGUUCCCUUAGACAAGAUUUUUUCUGGCUGCCCCAUCCUUGAAGAUCUUUAUCUCCAGUAUAAGGAAAUAAAUGCGCCCAAGAUAAUUUUUCCUAAUUCCUUGAAGAGGCUGGAAGUUCAUAAUUGCAAGUCAUCUACAUCUAGAGAAGUUGAAGUUGAAAUAGACGCCCCGGCACUUGAAUAUCUUACUUUCUUCUUAUAUAUUGGACUAAGCCAGUUGACUGUCAACAAUUUGCACAAUGUGAAAGUAGCAGAUCUUGAUCUCAGGGAAGACGAUCUUGAUUAUAUACAUAUGCUUCUAAAUGCACUCAACAGAAUAAAAAAGCUCCACUUGCGUAGUUCGAUAAUAGAGUGCAUACUUGGUGCCCCAGCUUUUGAUUUUCCGGAAUUCAGCUGUUUACUUCAUUUAGAGCUAGAAUGUUUCAAUCCGACUCUAAUCAUAAACCUCCUUUACAAGUGUCCUAUGCUUCAAGUUUUCAAGAUUUGUAAUGAUGGGCAGAUUUGGAUUGAGCCAACUGGCAAUUCUAGCAGCUGGACACCCCCUACUUGUGUUCCUGAUUGUCUUGCAUCACAGUUGACAAAAAUUGAAUUCAAAGGAUAUAAAGGUUCUAAAGAUGAGCUGGGAUUCAUUGCCUAUAUCUUAAAAAGUGGGAUUGUUUUGCAAACAGUUACUGUUAAUCUUGAUUCGCUUAAGAAUGAAAAGGACAAGAGCAAGAAAAAAUACAAUAUCACUAAAGAAUUGUGUGCCAUCCCAAGGGGAUCCAACAUGUGCCGAAUUGAAAUUAAAGACUCAGACAUAUUCCCUUCUGGUUGAGUAAGCUGACGAUUUCACACAUUACACAUUUGGUUGACUUGAUCUGCCAUGGAGGGGAUGAUAGUCUAAUUUCAUAGGAAAGUAGGAAUGGUACUUGGUUAGUUUAGAGACAAAGUAUGCGUGUAAACACUGCAAAAUUAAUAAAUAAUUAGUUAAUGAAUUAAUUAUUCAAAGAAAUUAAGAAAAUUAAAUUUUAUAAUUUAGAAAAGUAGAAAUAUUAAAAAUACGAAUUUUGACACUAAUUUUAAAGAUUUUAGUCUAAAACCGAACCAACAAAUCAAACCAGUUAAAUUGAAUCCAAACUAGACCCAAAACCCAACUUAUAAACCACCGAAAAUGAGCUUUCUUCUCUUAUAUGAAAUACGCUGAGGAGAGAUUCACCUAAAGAGAAAAGAACCAUAACGUCUUCGAAAUUCAAUCGUCCGUAACUUUUAAUUUGGAGCUCUGAUUGACGAGUCGUUAGCGGCCACAUGUUCGUCUUGGAAUUCUCUUCAAUUCUAUUCGAACAAAGCGGUGAGGAAUUUGCAUUUCUCAUCCAUUUCUCUCUCCUCAAUUUCGUGAUUUGAGUUUGGGUAUUGAGGAAUUGAAUAAUUUUGAUGGUUUAGGUGAAUUCUAGUAGCAGAUAAUCACUGGGUUUUUGUUUAAUUAAUCUGUGGGUAAAGUAAGAAACUAUUAAACCCUUGUGAGUCAUUGAAUUAGUGAAUCCCAUGAUGAUUAUAAUGAUAUUGUGUGAAAUAGAUUGUGUUCUGCUUGACUUGAAGUUCAAUUGGGCGGUUUGGAACGAAAUCCAGGUGAUUGAACUUGAGGAAUUGACGUUUGCAAACUUGGGACUUAUGAAAAAAUAGAUUUUUUAGGUGUUCCGAGCUUUGGGAGGAAUCGGCUAAAGUAUGGUUUUGGUUUCUUGUAGGUAAUGUUUAAUGUCACGUGAAAAUUUAGGUUAGAAGACCUUAAGAUAGGAAUGAACUGAAUAAAUUAUUGGAAUUGUGUAUAUGGUAUGUGAUGGGUGAUUCAAUUUUAAAAACGGUUCGCUAUUAGAGUUGGUUGUUUUCUUGAAAAAGAUUUAAUAUUGGAAUUGGUUUGAUUUGGAAAUAAUUUGAUACUAGGAAUGAUUUGAAUGACUGAGAGGUGUUUGAUUUGGUCGUUGGGACUCUUGAAGGGUGGCAAAAGUCUAAGUUUUAGAGGAGAUGUUGCCGAAGUUUUUAUGAAAAUUGGAGGUUUCGUUUGAAGUGAUUAUUUAAAAAGAUUUGGGUUUAAGGAUUUUAUGAUUUGAUUUUGAGUUAUUAAGAAAAUGAUUACGCUUUAAAAUUGAUUUAUUUAGAAAAGAAUGAAUUAAGUUUUGAGUAUGAAUUUUUGACUGGGCACUUUAACUCCUCGGGUUCCUCUAUAUAUAUAUUUGAGUUUGGAGUUUGACUCCAUGGAAUAUUAUAUUAUUGAGUUUAUAAUUUGACUCCAUGGAUAUUAUUUUUGAGCUUGGGGAUGCGCGCACAUAGGGACUGUCCAAUGGUUAAUCACCAGGACAUGUCGGGUUGACUAUAUAACUGUCAGAUGAGACUCAUUAUCCAUAGGAUAGGCAUACAUCAUGUGCAUUUGUAUGUUUUAUUUGAGUAUGCGUUGUUUUAGUUUGCUUAAUUACUUAACUCUGCUUAUCUCCUACUUGUUCUACUUGCUGUAAUUGCAUCUCUAUUUUCUGAGAGACUCCUCUUGGCGGAGGUGUGAAGGGGGUUGUUCCACCGGUGAUUCGGAGAAAUGGAGGAGACAGAAAAUGAAGUAUUAAGUUAAAGUUGGAUUUAGAAAUUGAAUAUUUUAGAUAACUUAAUUUCUGGUUUAGUCGGAUCUUUAAACUGAAAUCUGAAUGUUGAAAUUCUAGAAAUGCAUCUGGCUUUUCCGAGACAUUUUAUAUUAACUAUGUGGGCACCUUUACCAUGCUGA